AUGGCGAGUGCCCAAGAUGGCUCAAUGGAGGAGAUCCUCUGGCGGUCGCCCGCGCACGUCCAAAUGAUGGGAGGCUUCCUCCAUUCUAACAAUAUCUUGUUUUACUUCGCCGAAUCUCCAUUCUUCGACGCUACAUCUAACAAUGCCUCACUUGCCAUCCAAGCCAACUACAACGAAACACUUCGCCAUUUCGUUGAAACCCGAGAGGCCUUCGAAGGCCGCUUGAAGACCAUGCAGGGAUUAGAGUUCGUGGUCGCUUAUGAUCCUUUGCAGGCUGCUGCACAAACAGAGACCAGCUUUGCACAUGAACCAUCUAACAUCUGGGUGAUCCGGAAACAGACAAGACGGAAGCGAGCUGGGCUGGAUGAUGAAGUGGCAGUCCUAUCCACUUACUUUGUAGUGGGAGAUUGCAUCUAUAUGGCCCCAUCUGUUGCAAGUGUCGUGGGAAAUAGACUACUUUCUACAGUUACCUCACUCACAAGUCUCUUAAAGACUGCAUCGUCACUACCUAGCUUUACACCGUCACAUGGACACACGUACAUGCCGCCCGCACCCAAACCGACGGAUAGCAGUCAGCCCGGAGCUCAAUCUCAGCAAAGCAAGGAGAACACUCCGAUGCCCGACGCGGACUCCACGAAAGCUCUCUUGGUUGGGCCACAAACCGCCAACGCUGGGGCAAUUUUCCAGGACACGAGGACUUUCGCGGAGUCGUUCAGUCUUCUCGCACGAUAUGGUGAGGAAUUCAUGGAUGAAAAUCCACUGGUCGGAGAGCCGGGAUCAUUUAUCCUAUCCAAGUCUGGUGAUACAGAUCGAGGGGCUGCUUCCAAACAACCACCGCAUAUUAGCCGUCCAGGCAGCAUCCCAGGUAGGGUUGGAACACCUCAAGUCAAGGUCGACACGCCUGGUAAAACUCCCGAGAAAGGAGCCACCCCGUCGGCCUCCGAUGACAAUAAGUUACGAAAGAAGAAGGCCAAAAUUGGGAGUUGA